AUGGAAGCUCUCAGUAUAUCUGACACUGAAUUUUACGCCUUUGUAGGAUUCUUUAUUGGCCAUGUGAUCUUCCAGCAGGUUCAGAUUAGUGUGCGCUUUUCAAGGACUUUAUAUAUGGCAUUGCUUAAAAAGAAGGGAACAUCUAAUGAUAUAGCCAAUGAAACACUUAAAACUAGCUUAGACUGGAUAAAAAACAACUCAGUUGAUCAGAUGGAAUUUGUAUUAAAAUCUGGGAAAAAAGUAACAGAUGCAAACAAGGAAGAGUUCAUUGAAGAGUUUAUAUACGAAGAAACCUACGGGAAAAGGGUGGGGUACCCUGCCAUGGCCCAAGGAUUUUCUAAAGCGGUUUCUGAUGACAUAUACAAUUUCCAGCCUCACCAGCUAGAGCGCCUCUUGUCCGGUGUUGACCAUAUUUCUAUCAAACACCUAAAAACACUUGCAAUAUACCGAGAGUGUACAUUCCAGACAGAGGAAGUAAUGAAUUUCUGGCAUAUUCUAGAAAACUCUAAUGAAGAGUUCAGGAGAAAUGUGCUUCGAUUUAUAACUGGAUCUUCCUCUCUUCAGAGUAUUCCAGGAUCUCAUUCCGAGUGUAUAAUAAUUACACAAAUGAAUAUACAGGGGUUCCUUCCCACUGCAAACACUUGCUUUAGAAGAAUUGUUCUUUAUAAGUACAAAUCCUACAGCGAGUUAAAAAAUAAGCUAGAACGAGCCGUCAAAGAAAAUGGUGGAUUUCAUUUUAUAUAA